AUGUGGCUGUUAACUCUGGGCGUAGUUGCCCUAAUAUCGGCGAGUAAAGCUUGCACACCCAGCGUAACUACGGUGAGCGGUACUCACGCCCCUGUGACCGUGUGUUCCGGACAACUCAUUUUUGCUGAUGACUUCGUCGACUUCGACCUUGAGAAAUGGCAGCACGAAAACACCUUAGCCGGAGGUGGUAACUGGGAGUUCCAGUACUACAACAACAAUAGAACUAACUCAUUCACGAACAACGGUCUACUGUACAUUCGGCCGUCCCUUACGUCCGACCAGUUCGGAUCCGCAUUUUUACAUAGCGGUCGCUUGAACAUUGAAGGAGGCGCACCCGCCGACAGAUGCACUAACCCUCAAUGGUACGGUUGCGAGCGUGUUGGUACCCCCACUAAUAUUUUGAACCCCAUUAAAAGUGCACGUAUUCGCACCGUUCAUUCCUUCAGCUUCCAGUAUGGUAAAGUAGAAGUUAGAGCGAAAAUGCCUUCCGGAGAUUGGCUCUGGCCCGCAAUUUGGUUGAUGCCUGCAUACAACAAAUACGGCACCUGGCCAGCUUCUGGGGAAAUCGACCUUGUCGAAUCCAGAGGCAACAAAAACAUGUUCCUCAACGGUCUACACAUUGGUACACAGGAAGCUGGUUCGACACUGCACUACGGACCUUUCCCCGGACUAAGCGGAUGGGAAAGAGCGCAUUGGGUCAGAAGGAACAGCGCCGGAUACGACACUAAUUUCCAUCGUUACCAACUGGAAUGGACACCAGAUUUCAUAAGCUUUAGAAUUGACGACUUUGAGAUCGGUCGCGUCGCUCCUGGAAAUGGUGGCUUUUGGGAAUACGGCGGCUUCAACAAUAGACCCGGUAUUCAUAACCCGUGGAGAUAUGGAAGUAAGAUGGCGCCAUUCGACCAAAAAUUCUAUCUCAUAAUCAACUUAGCUGUCGGAGGCACCAACGGUUUCUUCCCUGAUGGUGUCAAGAACCCUAUUCCUAAGCCUUGGUGGAACAAUUCCCCAACGGCAGCCACAGAUUUCUGGAAUGGCCAGGGCGGUUGGCUUCCGACGUGGAAUUUGAACGUUAAUGAUGGUCAAGACGCUUCCCUCCAAGUAGACUACGUUCGAGUUUGGGCGUUAUAAAUAAUUCAAUAAAUUUUCAAAAUUUUGCA